UCGAAAACAUAUGAGCAUAAUUUGUGUACAUAUAUAUUUACAUUUGCAUUCGAAGGAUAUGUCACGAAUAUGUAACGCUUGCGCUCGAUGUCGUACGCUCCGAAGAGGCCGAUUAACACGCGUGCACAAUUGAUAGAAAAAGGUAAAAAGGAUGUAAGGAAAGGUGGACCUCGAGGUCAAGGAAAAUGAAACGAAAAUAGUAAAAAGAGAAGUAAUCGUGAUUGUGAACGAUCUCGUUUCGCCUACGUGAAAUCUUGCCUUUGCGUCAUUUAACAGCACAUACGUGUAAACCCAUCGAAGCCGUGCAAUGGCGUAGAAACAGUCGUGCGUUGUGCUAUCAGCUGAUGGACUUGAUGGACCUUACGCUUAUCAAAACAGAAAACACUGUUACAGUAAUUGCGGCCUGCCUUACCAAAACGUCACGUUGCAAUGCGUGAUACUUUGCUCAUCGUAACGCAUUCAUUUACUCAACAGUUUUUUUUUUUGUUUUUAACUUGAAUCAACAUUGACUCCAUUAGUCGGUGUCAGUGAAUAUAGUGUUUUCAUCUGGUGGAUAUUUUUUCAACAAUGGGGGCAUCUGAAAGCAGUGGAAAGAGUAAUAGCGAAUUAGUAGAUAAUUUAAUGAAAUCUGGAUACAUAAGGACAAAAAAAGUUGAGCAAGUAUUUAGAGCAGUGGACAGAGCUGAUUAUGUUUUAUCAAAGCGCAGAAAAAAAGCUUACGAAAACUUUGCUUGGAAGGAUGGCAAGAUACACCUAUCAGCUCCAUAUGUGUACAGCGAGGUGAUGGAAAACCUUUCGUUGAGCCCUGGACUGAGCUUUUUAAAUAUUGGAUCGGGAACCGGUUAUCUCAGUACAAUGGCAGGACUCAUAUUGAAUCAACAUGGAACAAAUCACGGAAUUGAGUUGUACGAAGAUUGUCUAAAGUAUGCGUACGAACGGCUAGAAGAAUUUAAGCAAAAGUCGCUAGCUUUGGAUGAGUUUGACUUUUGCGAACCACUUUUUGUACAAGGGAAUUGUCUGAACGUUGCACCAGAUAGACAAUACGAUAGAGUAUAUUGUGGUGCCGCAUGUUCUGAAACUCACGUAGCGUACAUUAAGCAAUUUGUGCGUAUCGGGGGCAUCCUCGUGAUGCCUUACGAGGAUCACUUGCUUCGCGUACGUAGAAUAGACGAGGAUACUUGGUUGGAUUGCAAGUUGCUCCCCGUAUCGUUUGCAACGUUGGUUGUUCCUACCGUAACGGAGCAGACGACGCUUUACUUACCCGAAUGUAAUCCCCUAUCUUUGCGGGAAUUAUGUAGAUGUAGCAUAAGGUAUCAUUUGAGAGAAAAUGUCUGGAACGAGCACGAAGACUUGGAAACGAAGAAACUUAUAAGACUGAAACAACCUAUACUACCGGAACCCAUCGAUGACAAAUCGGGCGCAUCUUCGUCCAACGAUACCGACGACGACGAAUUUACUCACACGGUUAGUUUAAUAGCCAACGUGAUCGACCAGUCAGAUCGGAAUCGGAUAACCAAUCUGAAUAGUAAAGAUGAAAGUAGCUCCAAUAGUUCCAAUAGCUCCAGUAGCUCCAAUAGCUCCAGUAGCUCCAAUAGCUCCAGUAGCUCCAAUAGCUCCAGUAGUUUCAAUAGCUCCAGUAGCUCCAUACACAGUUGGAACGUGACACACUCGGACUCGGACGUCGUCAUCGCUCAUUAUGUAAACAACAAUGCCCUUUCUACUUAUAUGAUAGAAAAGAUACAUCAGUUACCAUUACCUUUCUUAUUGAAGUUGUACAUAAACUACAAUCGACAACUGUAAAAUAAGUAAAUUACGUUAUUCUUAUUUAAAUAAAUACAUAUAUAUAUACAUUU